AUGUAUCACCAAUUAAGCAAAGUAACCGGUAGAUUGAUUUCUGCAACCCAUUUGCAGAGCCCGCUGUUUCCAAUUGCGCCUGUCGCCCUUCAACGAGUAGAGCCUCCUCAAAUUCAGUACAACACCGCCCAUCUGUCGACGGUAACCGAAGCUUCUGCUUGCCCAGCACCUGGAUCCAGAAAACUAAUCCCUGGCACCAAUAUUCCUUAUCCACCAGUUCCCGAAAAACUCAGGAAACAGCAAGAACUAUUCCAGAAAGAAAAUGAUGUUCCUGUGUUCUUGAAAGGUGGUCCUAUGGAUGCUAUUCUGUAUCGUUUUACUAUGGCUUUAUGUAUUUUAGGUUUAGCUGGAAUUGCCCACACAAUUUAUGGUCAUGCUAUCCCCAAGAAAAAUUAA